ACAGCGUGACUUCAACGACAAACGGACGAGCGGCUGGGACGAGUACACUGCGCUGCGUACAGGAACCACCGGACGAGUCAAACCGGCAAGAUGGUGUUAUCUUAGAACAGAUUUGCCUGAUAACAUCCCGGAACCUCCCGAGUGCGCGAGCGGUGCACCCCAGCGCGGGCGAACGACGAACAUCAGCCAACACAGCAGAAAUGAGUCAGAAGACAUCGACGAGCGGUGCUGGUGCAGGGGUAGGUGGUGGCAAAAAUAAGACAGCGCCUUCCUCCACCGUCAGUCACAAACAGUCGAGCGAAGGGGCAACUUCAGCGGCCACCACACCGUCGACCGAUGGCACUCGCACCAAGUCGGCCCAUUCCUCGGUGCGAUCGCUAAACUUUGACGAUCCGGAGCUGCUGCUGCCGAUGGCUGGACCGGCCACCACCGGGCGCAAAGCAGGAACCGAGCCGUCCACCACCAUCGCUGCGAAGGAACGAAGCAACAGCAGCGCCCCCAUUGGGACGAACUCACUGGCCGCCGGGACGAUUGUGUCCGCGUCGAAGCCACCGCACUCGAAGCAGCCGCCCCACCAGGAGGAGCAAACGAGGGCGGGCGUAGCGGGUGGCACUAGCCCCAACAGUCAGCCGCCGGUGAUAGGCAGCCCGGGCAAGAUGGGCGUGAAAAAGCUCAUCCCACAGCAGGCUGUCGCGCUGCAGAAGCAGGAGCAGCAGGAGCCGGCGAGCCCGCCGUCGGUCGACCGCAAGACGACGUUCAUGAAGGCAUCGUCCGUGCCGGCACCGGCGUCCGGCUUUAGCGUCGGGGCGCCCGUCGCAUGCUCUUCGCCGCUCGGCGCCAAGGUACCGCCGUCGGCCAGCGUUUCCCCCCAUCACGGGCCGCCCGUGUCGCCCCAGCCAUUGAACGCGCCUGUGAUAACGACGACGGUCGGUGGCGCCUCGCCAACCACCGCGACGACGGGCGCGUGCGCCGCUGUCGUGAUGCGCACCUCAUCCGGCUCGAGCCUGCACAAGUCGGCCUCGUACCGGAAGUCGUCCUACAAACCGCAACACUCGCACUCGCUGCGCUACUCCGGAAGUGGCAGCGACAUCUCGAACCUGGUGCGCGUGCGCAACUCAACGCUGGGCAAUUCCGCCCCGACGCUGUCGCUCAGCGCGAAGGAGAACGGUGGCUUCGGGCUGGGGGCGCUCGGUGGCGGCGGUGCGUUCUUCGCCGGCCAGAAGCGUCCCAACUCGUCCGCCUCGUCGUCGUCGGCGGCCGCGGCCGCCAGGAGUGCGGCCGUCGCCCGCCACCGGCUCAGCUUCGUCGCGAACAUUUCGCCCCGAUCUCACUCGCCCAUUCCCGCCAGCCCGAUCGACAGCCCGCGCAUCAACUCGCCCAGUAUUAUGCAGUUCCCGUUCAUGCCGAUCAAGCGCAUCGCGUCGACGGCGGCAUCGAAGAGCUGCGACAGCCGGCGCUGGUCGGUCGCGUCGCUGCCGUCCAGCGGGUACGUGACCACGCCCGGCAGCUCCAACAUUUCCUCGCAGUGCUCGAGCCAGGAGCGGCUGCACCAGUUCCCGGCCGUGCCGACCAACGACGAUCUGCAGCUGCUGUCGCUGCACUUCUCCUCGAACGACAGCAAUCCGGGGCUGGGGGAGGCGCGGACGCAUCACAGCCAUCUGCAUCAUCACCAUCACCACCAUCACCAGCACCACGGGUACGGGCAGCCGCAGCACCAUCAUCCGCACCAUCCGAUGGUGGGUCCAGCACACCAUCACGCUCUCCAGCAGGCGCAGCAGCAGUCGCAUCUGCAUCACCAUCAUCAUCAUUCCCUGCCGGCUGGUGGCGCCGGUACGCAUCAACACCCGCUGGCGAUGGGCCCGCCACCCUCCUCGAUCUCACCACAGGCGGGCGGCAGCGGUACGCUCUACCACCAGCAACCGCUCAGCCUGCAGGCGCACAUGGGCUACGGGCCGGGGCCUACUGCACCUACCGGUGUGCAGCUGGCCUCCCAUCAGCAGCACUGUGCGCUGAAAUCCUCCGUAGGAUCGUCCGGCUCGGGCAGCUGCGGCAGCGGCGGUCCGCCCACCAGCACCAAGGACGAGCUGAACAACUUCUGCGGCUGCCGGUCGCCGAUCCAUCGGCCGCGGUCGCGCAGCCUCAGCAGCCCGAGCCACUCGCCGAUCACGGACAGCGAAAUCUCCAUCAUGAACACGUUCUACAAGGAGCGCUUCCCGAAGGCAACGCAGCAGAUGGAGGAGCGGCUGAGCCACUUCAUCAACGAGAACAAAACCAUCGUCCACGACAGUGCGCGCAACUCGCAGCCGAUCGUGCGGUUCGUGCACCACCAGGUGCUGGAGAUGGCGCGCGACUGUCUGCACAAGUCGCACGCGAAGCUGAUCACCUCGCGCUACUUCUACGAGAUGAGCGAAAACCUCGAGCGGCUGCUGAUGGAGACGCGCGAAAAGUCGCCCGAAGCGGCGCCGGAGAUAACGGGCGUGAUCAAGAAGCUGCUGCUGAUCAUUUCCCGCCCGGCCCGGCUGCUCGAGUGCCUCGAGUUCGAUCCGGAGGAGUUCUACCGGCUGCUGGAGGUGGCCGAGGGGCAGGCGAAGGUGACGCAGGGCAUCAAGGCGGACAUUCCACAGUACAUCAUCCAGAAGCUGGGCCUGAACCGGGAUCCGAUCGCGGAGCUGCAGGAAGAGCUCAACAUCGAGACGGCCUCGCUCAACUCGAGCGUUAACUGUGCCGAUCUGGAGGAGGAGGCCGAGCAGGAGGAGCUCGUUGAUAGGCGAUCGCGGCUGCGAAGCAAUCGGGCGGUAGUGCGGGCGGACGAUAGCGAGCUGGCCGAUGCAAACUCAUCGAUCGCAAGCGAUCGAACGUCGCGCGCCGGCGAUGAAAUGACGUGCUCGACGCCGAAAGGGUCGGGCUCGUCCAGCUCGGCGGGCAAUAGUGCUGCCAGCAGCACCAGCAAUGUGCUCAACAACAACAACAACAACAGUAGCACUGCUGAUGCGACAGGAAGUGCCCCGGUGGGAGCUGCCAACUCUCCGGCCGGCCCGACGGCGGGCACCGUCGGCAAAAGCUUCAAGGCACGCUCGAACAGCGCGGUGCCGAACGAGAAAGACUUUGACAUCCUCAAGCUGAUCUCGAACGGUGCGUACGGUGCGGUCUAUCUGGUGAAGCACAAGCAAACCCGCCAGCGGUUCGCGAUGAAGAAGAUCAACAAGAACAGCCUGAUGCUGCGCAACCAGGUCGAGCAGGUGUUCGCCGAGCGGGACAUACUCAGCUUCGCCGACAACCCGUUCGUCGUCAGCAUGUACUGCUCGUUCGAGACUAAGAAGCACCUCUGCCUGGUGAUGGAGUACGUGGAGGGGGGCGACUGCGCGACGCUGCUGAAAAAUCUGGGCCCGCUGCCGUCCGACAUGGCGCGCUUCUACUUCGCCGAGACGGUGCUGGCGGUCGAGUAUCUGCACAGCUACGGCAUCGUGCAUCGGGAUCUGAAGCCGGACAAUCUGCUGAUCACCGCACUCGGGCACAUCAAGCUGACCGAUUUCGGGCUGUCCAAGAUGGGGCUGAUGUCGCUGGCGACGAACCUGUACGAGGGCUACCUGGACAGCGAGACGCGCCAGUUCUCGGACAAGCAGGUGUUCGGCACGCCGGAGUACAUCGCGCCGGAGGUGAUCCUGCGCCAGGGGUACGGCAAACCGGUCGACUGGUGGUCGAUGGGCAUCAUACUGUACGAGUUUCUGAUCGGUUGCGUGCCGUUCUUUGGCGAAACGCCCGAGGAGCUGUUCGCGCACACGGUCAACGACGACAUCGAGUGGCCGGACGGGGACGACUGGCCGCUGCAGGAGGAGGCGAAGGAUCUGAUCACGGCGCUGCUGCAGCAGAACCCGCGCGACCGGCUCGGGACGGGCGGGGCGCACGAGGUGAAGGAGCACUGCUACUUUUACGGGCUCGACUGGAACAACCUGCUGCGGCAGAAGGCGGAGUUUGUGCCGCAGCUGGACAAUGAGGAGGACACGAGCUACUUCGAUACGCGCGUGGAUCGGUACAAUCACGAGAUCUGCGGGGACGAUACGGACGAGAUGGAGGACUCGCCGCUGUUUGGGUCGUUCAGCUCGUACUCGCCGCAGUACCGCAAGCAGCACAGCCUGUCGCAGGCGUCGAUCGGGUCGAGCGGCAACUUUGGCGGCAGCACGGGCAGCCGGCUGAGCGGUGGAGUGGAAGGCGCGGCGCCAGUUGUGCCCGUGACGGUAACGGUGGCGGCGAGUGUAGCCGUCGUACCGGCAUCCGCAGCUCCGUCCGCUUCAUCGUCCGGUUCGUCCGUGCCGGAUGCAAUUGCACGUGACGCUGGUACGAUCGUUACAGUGACCGGUGCGUGCAGUAUCACCACCACACCGCCCACAGCGACCGUUUCUUCCGCCACCGUUAAGCCGACGAUCACACCGGCGGUGGAACCAUCGAGCGGGCCGCCACCCACCAUCACCACACCCUCGACGCUGGUGAAACCGCAGCAGCUGCCCAGCCUGUUCGAGGACGGGUACGACACGGCCCAUGCGCGCCCGAACGACAUCAGCAAGCUGAUCAUUACGCCCGAGCUGCGCAAGUUCAACAUCAACCCGUCGCGGUACAAGAUGCCCUCCACGCCCGAUCUCGACUAUCUGCCUGAGCUGGCCACGCCGGACCGGGAAGACUUCCUGGCGCAUCACGGCAUCAGCCUGCGCCCGGCCGCCGUCAACCUGAGCGCGAUGCGCGGCGCCCCGGGCACGCCGGAAACGCCGGACACGAACAAGCGGUUCAGCGACUUCUACCCGCUGUCCUCGCUGAAGCAGCUCAGCACGCCGGAAUCGUCCCAGACGGACAGCGAUGACGUUUCGCCGCAGAUACAGCGCAAGCGCAAGAUCGUGCACAACCGCAUCCUGCCCAAGUUUUCCAUCUCGAUCGAGGACGACCAGAGCGGGCACGAGACGUCCUCGUCGACGCCGUCCCAGAUCGUCACCUCGUCGCCGUCGAGCUCGCUGCACAACCUGAGCGGCGGCACGGCCUCGCGCCACAUCGUCAAGUCCGCGUCGGCCCUCGGGUUGUCGCUGAUGACGUCGAGCGAUGAUUCGUCGUCCGCGGUGACGACGGCGGUGGGCCGCUCGCUGGCGGGCAGCAUGGCAAUGGCGGGCAGCCGCAACGCGACCGGCACGACCGCGUCGAAUCUGUCCUCGUCGUCCGGCUGCAGCACGGGCGGUGUCGCCUCGUCCACGAUGCACUCGGCCGGCAACUGCUCCAGCACGGCCAGCUCGCGCGACACCUCGCCCUGCCGGGAGCUGAGCCCGCUGGUCACGAACCUGAAGCCGCCGCUGAUCAUCAAGCGCGGUCCGCGCGGGUUCGGCUUUACCGUGCACACGAUACGGGUGUACUACGGCGACACGGACUUCUACACGAUGCACCAUCUGGUGAUGGCGGUCGACGAGGGCAGCCCGGCGUUCGAGGCCGGUCUGCGGCCGGCCGACCUGAUCACGCACGUGAACGGGGAAGCCGUGCAGGGGCUGUACCACACGCAGGUGCUGCAGCUGCUGCUGAGCGGCUCGGAGCUGGUCAGCCUGCGGGCGACGCCGCUGGAGCACACGAGCAUCCAGACGGGCGGCCGGAAGCGCGAACCGUGGCAGAGCAAGUUUGCGAAAAAGUCGACCCACAGCCGGCGCAAGCAGAAGAAGGACAACGAGAAGAAGCGCAAGGCGUCGCUGUUCCGGCGCAUCAGCAGCAAGCGGGCGAGCGCCGAGAUGCAGCAGAUGGUGGCGGGCAUCCAGUCGCCGACGUCGGUGGUGCCGCCGAGCCGCAGCUUCCAGUCGCUCGCCCGCUUCCAGGGCAGCCAGCCGAACCUGCUGCAGCCGGGGCUGGUGGGACCGGUCGGGGGGGUGGUCGGUGCGCCCGUGCCCGGGGCCGGUGCCUUGCCCCAGUCGCCGGUCGGUCCGCUGCCCCAGUCCAGCCUGGCCGGCGGGACGGGCAGCUCGCCGGUGAAUCGGCUCAUCCUGUCGCCCCUCAACUCGGCCGGCACGCUCUACAAUCCGACGCUUCCCUCGCCGGGCUCACCGAGCACGUCGGCCCCGAGCACACCGACCGGCAGCGUCGGCAGCGGUGGUGGUGGUGCUGGUGUUGGUGGUGGUCCGUACAACGACGGGGCCCCACUGUACCAGCGCCCCUCGACGCUGCACGUACUCAAGCACAAGCUACACUCGUCGCCCUGCGCCAGCAACAAGGCGCUCCAUUCGGCAGCGGCCGCCGGCGGUCGGCCCUCGAACCGGCGAAAAUCGGCCGACCACAUGCCGCUGUCGCCGCUGGCCCGCACCCCCAGCCCGUCGCCGCUGCCCGCCUCACCGACGCGCUCGUCCAGCCCGCUUGCCUUUCCGGUGGUGCAUCCGCUCGGUGCGUCCAACACGACGCAAUCGUACAGCCCGGGCGGGCUGCCCACCGCCGCAGCCCUCGCCGCGACCGGGCUGCCGUCCGCCGUCGUGCCCGGCAUCGUUGCCGGUGGCAUUGGCGGGUCGCCGACGCCGCCCACGAAGAAGGGGUUCCCGCGGGCCAAGACGGCCGAACCGAGCUCGCCGCUGCUGCGACGCGCCCUCUCUCCCGACCGUCUCCAUCCGCGCAGUGCAGCCGAAAGCAAGUGCGUCCUGUCGCCGCUCUGCUGCAACACGUCGCUCAAGACGACGCCGCGCACGGUGGCCGGCAUUUGGCGCUCGAACCAAAACUCAACCAUCACGACCGCUGCUGGCAGUGCAGCGGGUGGCGGUGUGCAGCAGCUGACAUCGUCCACGGUAGCGCCGGAGUCUUCCGGCGGGUUGGCGUCCGCCGCGAACAGCGUCAACAACAAUCCACAACCGACUGUGGCAACGACGACGGGAGGCGAUUUGAAGACACCGAAGAAUUCCACCGGCGGGAAAGCAACACAGCAGCAGCAGCAGCAGCAACAGCAGGGAACGUUGGCGAAGGAGGAUCUAAGCACUAAGCAGCAGCCAGCGCUCUCGUCCGCGGACAAGCUAAUCCCACUGAUGGAAAAGAUGGCGAUAAAGGAGGGCGAACCGUCCGGCAGUGUGGCGGCGGCCAGCAUCAACAAUAACGGUGGCGGUGGCGUCGGUAAGAAAGCGAAGGAGUAAGACGCCCCAUGCGAAGGAGGAGGUAACACACGACACGACAACGCUAUUAUUAUUAUCAUUUUAGAUCCACCAAGAGCGUGAGAAGGAGAGUGAGAGAGCCUUUUUGUUUUAAUUUCAAGUUAACGUUUGGCCGCCACCACUGUUUUGGGGUUACGGUUUGGCCAAUGUUGUGAGCUUUUUCGGUGGAGCUCUCGAAGGUUGAAGGAGAAGUUUAGUCCCGAGCAGGGACGAUACAUUGUGUGAUCGAUCGCGGCUUUGCGUGUAUGUAUAUUUUAAUUCUGCUAGCCCCUUGAGGUGUGGGAGGUGUCCCGCAGACCUCCCCUCUCCCUUUCCCCUCACCCUUUAGCAUCUGUUAUGUUUAACAUUAUGUUUAAGCGAUACUGGUUAGGUGUUAGUUUCGCGGUAUCAUCGUCAUUAUUAUUAUUAUUAUUAUUAUUAUCAUUGUGGUUUAAUUAUUAUUUUGUGCGUAAGAAUCCAUGCUAUUAUCGCGACACCCCGUUUUUUUUACAUUUACUCCCGUGUUUUUCUUACUAUCUCUUUCUCCGCUCAAAUUAUUUUUUAUUGCAACUCAACUUGAUUUCAAUUCCCAAUGCGGAAACAAAUAUAACAAAAACAAAAAACACAAAAACGAAACGAUUAUGCUAAACACAAACGGAAAUUAGUGGUUUGGAGAGAGAGAGAGAUGAAUCCACUAAGGAAUAGACGGGGUCGGGGAAUGACUAAAGCUACUAACGCCUAUCACUCUCCCCCCCACACGCGUUUAUCAAUGUUUAAAGCAGAGGAGAGGGAAACUAAGCCACUACACCCCCCCGUAUUUUUGAUCGAUAAACGUAAUCGAAUGCGGAACUUAUCGUGCGAAAAGUGCACAAUCUUAUACUGUGUGUGAUAUUCUUGAUUUUGAAGGUAGAGGUCGGGAGAAAACAGUCAAAAAACAGUCGAAUCAAUAAACAAACAUCAGUAGAACGUAAUGUCUAAAACUCGAUACAUAUGCAUGUGUGUGUGUGUGGAGCAGAGUUGUGCGCUGAGACGAGUAGUGGGGAUGCGUUAGUGGAGCAGAAAAGUACAUUUGGAAAGAAAAGCAACGCGUCGACCGAAUCGAAACUAGAGAGAGAGAGAGAUGGUAGCUCAAGAUGUAUGCUAAAGCAAGUCAGCAAGCAGUUUUGUAGCCUCUCCCUUCCCCUCGUUGUAGUGGACGCGUUGGUGUAUCCGUUCAGGAAAGUACAGCUCCUCAAUCAAUAACCAUCCGCGCGUUAAUUAAUCGGAGUUGCGAAUGUGAUGCAUUUGCCUCGCUUUAGGGUUCUUGCGCACGUUGUCGACAGGCUCUCGCGUUAGCGCCCAGUAUAAUUGUAGAUAGUGAGGAGUAGUAGCAACGAUGGAUAGAGACGGCAUGCAGUAGCAUUUUGCUGCAGCUCGUACUUGCACCGCACCAAUGAGAUGUGUAGUAUGUGUUGGCUAGUCUCUCUUUUUUCAAAUGAUGUUUUAUAUUUCCCCUUUUUGAACAGGGGAAAAAAAGCUCCCGCUCAGUAAUAGAUGUUUUGCCCUUUUUCCAUUCUAAAGCGCGUUUAACUUGACUGCUUAUUUUAAAUCCCAGUUUUUGCUCUUUCUUUUCCUCAAGUUGUGCUUCACCUUAAUGUUCAAUAAACAAGCAACAAUUUGCCGAAUUCAAGUAAGAUACUGUUGUAACCACUAGUAUAAAAUACACAAUGAAAAAAAAGAAGAACAAAACCCAACCACAUUUGCAAUAAUAAUAACUCUAACGUUUGUCCUCGAUGUGUAACUUAAACAAAGCAGCACAGUAGAAAUCCUUGCAGAGAGAAAGUAUAAUAGCAAAAGGCGAUAUGAUAAUAUUACCAGCAAACCAGAGCAGAAUUAACAAUACACAACCUAUAUACCUAUUGACAACAAAAUAGUGCAAUAUUAGUGCUGGCAAGAUAGAGGAUAAAGCACGCCGCUUGUUACAGGAGAGUUCAGAGAGAAAUAAGAUGGAGUAUUAGUUUGCAACAAGAAAAAAAAAACACACAGAAGAGUAGUUAAACGCAUUGUUCACAGGACAGAAACACUUACCAUACACCUUUUUCCCCUCCGGUUGAUGAAAUCUCGCUCCACGGAAGUGAAAUGUUUGUAUUUAAUGGUUUCCUUCAGAUGUUUCACGCAUAAAUGUGCUACAUUGCAAAUAUUGAUAUUGUUGAGAUUGAUCGAUUGUUUAGAGUUUUUGAGGCACAUUGCGGGCGGCUCUGCGAUCGGGAGGUGAGGGCGGAUAUUUAUGAAGUGAGAAGCGGAUGUAGCGGAAAUGUAAAAUAGAAACAAAUAAGAGAUUGCAAACGCAUAGAGAGGGCGUUGUGGAGAGUAAAGGACAUAUUUAGUCAAAUACUAAUGAGAAAGACACCGAACAGGAAUAGGAAAACAGAAAAAAACGGGAGAGCGGGAAAAUUAAGGGAAUAUCGUUUUUGUGAUCUUUAUGUAAAUGUAAAAGCUUCGAGAGUGGAUCUAAUCAGUUUCCUUCCUCGGAUUUCGUACACCCCGUUUUGUGAUGAUCCGUUCAUGUGUGUGUGAGUGUGUGUGAAAGGAUAAUUGCGUGUGCAUGUGUGCGUGCGUUUAAUUUGUAUAAUUUCCUAUUGUAAAUAUUGCUUUGUUUCAUUCAAAAGAAGCGAUCGGAUAGGGGAGAGAGAGAGAGAGAGAGAGAGAGAGAGAGAGAGAGAGAGAGAGAGAGAGAGCGAGAGCGAGAGAAGAUGAAAAAGUGAAAACACACGCAAACCCCAGGAUAGUUUAUAAUUAUAACCAGAUAUAGCAACACAAUCUUGUUGUAGCUUGUAGCAGAUUUUGUUGCAAAUCUGUCUGAUGCUUCUCAAAUUCGUCACCGCCCCUCCCCUUCAAAACGUUUGCCUUAAUGGUUCCUUUUUUUUGUUUGCAUUUGCAAAACGAAUGCUCCAGGACAGGGCAGGUAUGCUUCGCAGCGUCUAAGGCAAAUAAAACAGUGCAGAAAGUAGCGUCGUCGUGCACAGGACCUAAAGAACCGAAAGGUUGCAAAGGAAAUUGCAAGUGCAGGAGGAAGCAGAACAUGUAAAACAGGGCAAACAAUAAAGCUUCCACUGGCAAUGAACUGA